UCCGUCCGUCGUCGUCGUCGUCGCAGUCUCUCGGGCCGCCGUCACUCUCGUCACGCCGGCCGUCGGACGCAGUACAUAACACGCCGCACGCUGCACCGAGUACGCGACACCGCCACCACAAUACUAUUAGGUAUAAAAAAAAUACCGUAAGACACAUUUUUCCGUACGUGACCGUUUUCAUCUGGCCGAUUUUCCUCCGAGGUAGCGUGGAAUCCGUCGGCCGCGUGCUGCAACAAGUACAUAAAUAUUAUACCAUUGAACAGUGACCGGCAGUACCUGAAGAGCGACACGACGCGACGACAGGGAUAAUAUCAGUCGAAAUGACCAACCAACCGACCAUAGUGAUCAAAAACCCGACAUGGUGGAAGAGGAGGACGAACUUGGAACGGAAUCUGACCAUCGUCGCCGGCGGUAUGCUGUUGGCGUCCUCGUUCCUGGCCCUAGCUCUGUCCACGUUGUACUUCAACCACAGCUGCAACAUGGAGAGCCUUCCGUCGAUAUCGGCCGAAAACAAUGGUUUGAUUGGCAAAUCACGAGGUAGAAGUCUGUUCCAAAACAGGGAAUACGAAAAGGACAACAUCUGUCUCACCACUGGUUGUGUGAAAGCUGCGGCUUCCGUGAUCAACAAUAUGGAUCCGACGGUAGAUCCAUGCGACGACUUCUAUCAGUUCGCGUGCGGUAAUUUUAUCAAAGAAACCAUCAUCGACGACGACAAGACGUCUCAGACCACGUUCAGCGCGAUCAGCGACUCGCUGUUAAACAAGCUGCGAAUGAUCGUCACCGAACCCAUUCAACCCAACGAACAGAAACCGUUCAAAAUGGCCAAAUUGCUGUAUAAGUCGUGCAUGGACAAAGAAAAAAUCGAAAAAGAAGGCUUGGGACCGAUCAAGGAAAUGUUGAAAAGCCUCGGCGGAUGGCCUGUGCUGGAAGCCGACAAAUGGAACGACGCGGAGUUCACGUGGAAGGACAGCGUGUACAAGUUCAGAGUGGCGGGCUACAGCGUGGACUACUUCAUCGACUUCUCCAUCAGCACGGAUUUGAAAAACACCACGACCAGAGCCAUUGACCUGGAUCAAGCGUCCUUGGGUCUCAGCCGGGAGUACCUGGUCAAGGGCACCGACGAAAAAAUCGUGGCCGCGUACUACAGGUACAUGGUGGACAUCGCGGUGCUGUUCGGCGCCGACCGGCAGAGGGCCACCAAGGAGCUAAGGGAGUCGUUGGACUUCGAGAUAGCGUUGGCCAAGAUAUCGCUGCCGCUGGAAGAGCGCCGGGACGCCGCCAAGCUGUACAACCCGAUGAAGAUCGCCGACCUGCAGCAAAAGUUCCCGAGCAUACCGUGGCAAGAGUACCUGAACAAGCUGCUGAGCCCGUUGAACAUACGGCAGGACGACAUCAUAAUUGUAAACUCGCCGAAAUACUUGUCGGACCUCGAAGCCUUACUCAGCAAUACGCCCAAGAGGAUCCAAGCGAAUUACGUGAUUUGGAGAGCAGCCGCAGCGUCCGUCAGCUAUCUGACCGAAGAAAUGAGAAAAAGACAGUUGGAUUACAGCACCGAGCUCUCCGGCAGGACUGAAAGAGAACCCAGAUGGAAGGAAUGCGUGGACAUAAGUUCCGGAAGUUUCUCGCUGGCCAUCGGGUCGUUGUACGUAAGACGAUACUUCGACGAAAACGCCAAAAAAAACGCUUUAGAAAUGGUGAACGGUAUCAGGGAGGAAAUGUACAAAAUAUUAGGGUCAAUCGAUUGGAUGGACGAAGAAACGAGGAAAAACGCAAUAGACAAAGCAAAAUCGAUGACCAGUCACAUUGCAUACCCCGAUGAGUUAUUGGACGACAGCAAGUUGAAUGCGUUCUAUGAAAACCUCGAAGUCAACGACAAUGACUAUUAUACGUCAAUAUUAAAUUUGACCAAAUUCGGCACCGACUACAGCUUUUCGAAAUUAAGGCAACCUGUUAACAAAUCGGAUUGGAUUACUCACAGUAAAACGGCAAUCGUAAAUGCAUUUUAUAGUGCUAUUGAAAACAGUAUCCAGUUUCCCGCUGGUAUCUUGCAAGGCGCGUUCUUCUCCAGCGAUCGUCCUCGGUACAUGAACUAUGGCGCCAUUGGGUUCGUAAUCGGUCACGAGAUCACCCAUGGUUUUGAUGACCAAGGCAGACAGUUCGACAAGGAGGGUAACCUGGUGGACUGGUGGGCGGAGGAGACGAAGAAACGCUACUUGGAGAAGGCGUCGUGCAUCAUCAGACAGUAUGGAAAUUACACGGCUCAUGAAGUCGGUCUCAAGUUGAACGGCAUCAACACGCAGGGCGAGAACAUCGCUGACAACGGUGGCGUGAAGGAGGCGUACUACGCGUACAACGUGUGGACCAAACGACAUGGAGUCGAACCUCGGCUGCCCGGACUCCAGGACUACACACCUCAGCAGAUGUUCUGGGUGAGCGCCGCCAACGUGUGGUGCUCCAAGUACCGACCGGAAACACUCAAGAACCGCAUCACCACCGGUUUCCACUCGCCCGGCCGUUUCCGGAUCAUCGGCCCGUUCUCCAACCUGGAAGACUUCAGCAACGACUUCCGGUGUCCGCUCGGCUCCAACAUGAACCCGGUCAAGAAGUGCCAGGUGUGGUGAGACCGCCCGCCCGUCCGCCCACCCAUCCACCCUCCGACCGUGCACAUGUCGUAUCGUUGUUACAAUCGUUUGUUAUUUUUACGCGAAAUGAUGCGAUGAUAAUAUUAUGAUGUGUGCUUAUUAAAAAAAAAUCUCGUCGCGCGUCCGCCUUAUAUAAUAUUGUAAUGUCAUCACAAAAAUAUUGUUGUAUAGGUGUAAAAUAUUAUUACAUUAUUAUGCUCGAUUACGACAAAACCAGCCCCUCGACUCGUCCCGCGACCCACCCCAAUCGUCACCCGAAAAUCAUUCCCGUCGACGACUCAACUCUUCCCUCCCGCAGAUCGCCGUCCCCCCAUCCUCUGGCCCAUCAUAAUCCUCCCGCGAGCUUUAUCUGUGGUAAUUUAUUUAUAUACAAUAUUUUAUUAUUAUUAUUAUUAUUAUUAUUAUUAUUAUCGUGGUAUUGUAUUAUUAUUAUAUUAUUAUUAUUAUUAUUAUUAUUAUUAUUAUUAUUAUUAUUAUUAUUGUUUUUAAAACGUACGAUAUAGUUUAAGUACCUAUACAAUCUCUACAAUAUGAGUAAAAAAACAUGUGACAUUUUUUUUUUUUAUAUAUGAUUUAACAAUAACAACAACAAAAUUACAAAAUUAAGAAAAUGUUUUAUUUUUGUAAUAAUUAUAUACCUGUAUAAGAUUAUACUUAAACGUUAACAAAAAAAAAUGUACAUAAAGGUAAUGCUAUAAACUGUGUGUGAUUUGUUAGGCUCUAAUAAUCUUUGGUAAACUUAUAAUUAUGUACAAUAUAAUUAAUAUUUUAAGCACA